AUGCAAGACUUCGGACUCGCCGUCACCGGUCGUCAAAUCUCAUCUGACAAACCCUUCGGUAUGGGAUUCGAUGUCGCCGGUAUUAUCGUCGAGUCCGGCACCGACACGCACCAGUUCAAGGUGGGCGACGCCAUUUUCGCUAUGGCGCCGUUCACAAGCUUCGGCACCUUCGCCGAGUUUGAAGCAGCUAGCAUCCCGUACGCCCCGCUCAUCAGCUAUCAGGCGUUGCAUGAACACGUCAACCUUAAGGCGGGCGAGCGUGUCCUCAUCUUGGGUGGCUCCACCGCGACGGGCUUGGCGGCCGUCCACUGUCAGGACCACCUUCUCGUACAGUCACUGGGCGCUGAGAUGGUCAUUGACUCGUCCAAGCAAAGCUGGGUUGACGUCGUGGACGAGCACUCCAUCAAUGUAGUGUACGACUGUGGUGUAGAGCGCAAGGCGUGGAGCCGCGAUGCCCAGACUGUGCUCAAGAAGGACACAGGUCGUUUCGUGACCAUCAACCCCAUGAUGCAGCCGCGUCUGGCAAAGUUCGGCGCCAAGUGCAUUGGCGAGAUCAUGGUACACGCAAGGGGUGCGCAGUUGAAGGAGCUGUCAGACUUGGUGUCGUCUGGCUCGCUGAAACCUGUGAUCGACUCGGUGUAUUCAUUCGACCAGCUUCUGCCGGCGUUGAAGAAACUGGAGUCGAAAACUGUGCGCGGCAAGAUGGUGCUGCGUACGGCCAUCUUGCGUUGA